CCACGCGGAUACACAGAGAGAGAGAGAGAGAGAGAGAGAGAGAAUCAAAGGAACGAACAGAGCAUAGACAGUGGAGAGAGAGAGAGAGAGGCGAAAUCUCCUCAGAUCUGCUGGCUAUGUACUUCGCUGAUUCUUCAAUUAAAUCUUCAAGCAUUGAAUGUUGGAAACAUCUCUGAAACAGUCGAUUUCGCUCGUAGGUUUACUACUGGAGUCAACCGAAUUUCAAGUGAUUACGCUCUUGCCUCUCUCUCUAGCUAAAUUUCUGUUUGCGGCUCUGUCGUUGAAGGUUGAACUGGAUUCCUGUGCAUUUUGAGAAAACUGGUGAUUUAUGGAGUGAAAUGCUUACUUUCCGGCUGGUUCGCCGGAGCUCCGACUAAGUGAGCUCCGGGAAGCGUUGAAUUUUAAGAGGAAGGAGAUGUGGAAGUGAGGCCUGGGGGAGAAGAUGUUCAAAUCGGGGAGAUGGAGGGGCGAGAAGAACAAGACCAAGGUUGUGUUCAGAUUACAGUUCCAUGCAACACAGUUGCCACAGGUGGGAGAGAAUGCAUUGAUGAUAUUUGCGGUUCCUGCGGAUGUCGGAAAGCCGACGGCGAGGUUGGAGAAAGCAGCAAUUCAGGAUGGAAGCUGUCAUUGGGAACAUCCAGUCGAGGAAACUGUCAAGUUCUUUCGGGAGCCAAAAACAGGGAGGAUUCGUGAGAAAAUCUACAACUUGAUAGUAUCAACUAGAUCAUCUAAAGCUGGCCUUCUUGGAGAAGUUUCAAUUGAUUUAGCGAGCUAUGCCGAGGCCACUAAGCUUUCCUCUGUCUCUCUCCCUCUCAACAACUCAAAAUCUAAUGGCGUUUUGCAUGUCUCAAUUCAGAGGUUACAGGAAAAUACCGAUCAAAGUAUUUGCAGUGAGGCAGAGGAAACCGAAAAUGAAAAAGUUGAUUCCACCAAUAGAACCUUGAGGGCACAAUUUAGCAUCGGUGACGCAUAUGAAACGGUUGAAAGCAAUUCUACUGAAGAUCAGCAUCUCAGUAAGGCGAUAUCACAUAUUGCUGAGUUGAAUAACUGCCUGGGAUCUAGCGGAACUGAUCUUACAAUUUCAAGUUCUGGGAGCAGCUCUGGGCUUGACACCCCUAGAGAAUUUGGACUGAAGAAUACCGAUGUCUGCCUGGAGGAAACAAGUUUCCUGUCAUCUGUUAGGCAUGUUCCAAUGCUACAGGAAACAACUUCUGAUGUCUCUAUAACAGUACAUGAAGAGCAACAGAGAUCACAGUGGGAGUGGUUAGCAGCUUCUGCUCCUGAAGCCAGUACAGAUGAUUCAUCAAGCAGUCCUGGAGAGAAGUCUCAAGUGGCUGCAGAGCUUGUGAUUGAAAAGCUCAAAGCUGAGCUUGCUGCUUUGUCUAGACAGGCAGAAAUGUCGGAUUUGGAGCUCCAAACGUUGAGAAAGCAAGUUGUGAGAGAGACCAAAAAGGGACAGGAUCUGUUUAGAGAAGUUGUUAACCUGAAAGAAGAGAGAGAUGCUCUCGAGGAAGAAUGUAAAAAUCUCAAGGCCUUCAAGAAACGUAAAGAUGAGGCAAAAGCUAAAAAUAAGUUAAAGUUUGAGGACGGGGAUCCCCAUUCUUUACUUGAAGAACUCAGGGAAGAACUUAGUUAUGAGAAGGACCUUAAUUCCAAUCUUCAGAUACAACUUCAGAAGACACAAGAAUCAAACUCAGAGUUGAUUCUUGCAGUACGUGAUCUAGAUGAAAUGUUGGAGCAGAAGAACAGGGAAAUAUUCAACCUUUCCAACAUAUCCACAGCCACUGAAAAUGGUGGAGAAUGGCAUGAAACUAACUCCAAGUCUGAAACAGAUGAUGAUGAAGAGCAGAAAGCCCUAGAAGAGCUUGUUAACGAUCAUAUUGAUGCCAAGGAAGCACAUGUGCUUGAGGAGAAGAUCACAGACCUGUAUGAUGAAUUAGAGAUCUGUAGGAGAGAUAAAGAUGAGCUCGAAAUGCAGAUGGAGCAACUUGUUCUUGACUAUGAGAUCUUGAAGCAGGAAAACCAUGAUCUUUCAUAUAAACUGGAGCAAAGUCAACUGCAAGAACAGCUGAAGAUGCAAUACGAAUGUUCACCUUCUUACACUACUGCAAAUGAAUUUGAAACACUGAUUGAAAGCUUGGAAAGUCAACUUAAGAAGACGUCAAAUGAAUUAUCCAACUGCUUGGCCACCAUCAGUAAUCUAGAAGCUCAUGCCAAUAAUUUGGAAGAGGAACUGGACAAGCAGGCACAAGGUUUUGAAGCUGAUCUGGAAAUUCUCUCACUUGCCAAAGUUGAGCAGGAACAGAGAGCUAUGCGAGCUGAAGAAGCCUUGAGAACGAUGAGAUGGAAAAAUGUUAAUAGAGCCGAGAGGCUACAGGAGGAAUUUAGAAUGCUAUGGAUGCAAAUGGAAUCUGAUUUUAGAGAAAAUGAGAAGCUGGCUACAAAAGCACUACAAGAAGCCAGUGAACUCCAGCUGCGAAAAAGUCAUCUAGAAGAAUUGCUUCAGAGAAAGAAGGAAGAGCUCCAGUCUGUCAGGGAUCAGUGCGAAGUAAAAUUGCAUGAGCUUUCUACUCAAAUAAGCUUAAAGGUAGACCAAAUAGAGGAGAUGCAAUCAGAAAUUAAAGCCAAGUCCAAUCAGCUUGAAGAUGGAAAGAAGAAAGCAGAAGACACUCAUAGAGUUCUCUCACAGGAGAUGCUAAUGCUCAGAACGGAGAUCGAUAGGCUGCAAACAGAGAACAAAAACCUUUCUGAUGAAGUGGAGGAAAGAGAAAUUUUGAAAGGUAAACUGGAACAGAUGACGAUAUCAAACAAGGAAACUGGAACACUGCUACAAAGAGCAAACAUUGAAAGAAACGAGAUGAAAACUGUGAUCGAUCUGCUGGAAAAGGAAGCGGAGAAGUCAAUGGAGGAACUAAUUGCUCUGAGGAAUCUAAAGGAUGAAAAGGAGUCAGUAAUAGGAGACCUGCAACUGGAGUUGGAGACUCUCAAAUCUCAGUGUGAUGAACUCAAGUUUGAGGGUGAAAUGGAGAAAGAGAAACUGAGGAAUGAGGUAUCUCAGUUAAAAGAUGAACUGAAGAAGACAGCGGAAGCGUGUAGCUAUUUAGAGAACAAGCUGAAAGACGAUGACAGUGGGUUGAUUGGGGAUUUGCAGAUCAAAAUACAACUGCUUGAGGGUCAGAUAAAUUUGAAGGAAACUGCUCUUGAAACCUCGACGAAUUCGUUCUUAGAGAAGGAGAAAGAUCUUCAGAAUAGGAUCCAAGAGCUAGAAACGAGACUGGAAGAACUGAGUCAUGGUGCCACUUUUUAUGAGGUCCACAAGGUAGCUAAUAAUUCUGGGGACAGUAGCUUGAAUGGUAGCACAGAUGAAGGGGAUAAACCUAUGAUAGAAAGAGAUGAAUGGAAGUUUGACAAAUUACUGAACGAAAUGGAAUUACUGAGGGAGAGGAACAAAUCAAUGGAAAGUGAUCUAAAAGAAAUGCAGGAGAGAUAUUCAGAAAUAAGUCUGAAGUUUGCAGAGGUAGAAGGCGAGAGGCAACAGCUGGUGAUGAAAGUGCGCAGCCUCAAGAGCGCGAAGAGUAGGCAGUAAAUUUUCGCCUACAAAACCGCCAAACUGGGAAGCUCCGGUGCAAUGGUGACUGAUACAGGUUCUUUGUUUCUCUUGUUCUUUCUUCUGUUUUUAGUUUGUUUUUUGCUUGGUCUUUUGUUGGUUCCUUCUUUUGUUCUUUCAAAUGUUAUUUGUUUUCCCGUCUUGAUAGUUCAUAAAAUUAUGAAAUAUAGCUCUUGUUGGUAUGAUCCAUUUUGUUCAUAUUAUCUCAGAGUAGUUUGUCACUUUACUAAUAGUUGUGCGCAUUAAUUCUUUCCA